AGCAGGAAGUUCAUUUCAACAGAAACAAAACUCAAAGCAGAGCUCAAUCUCUCUCUCUGUCUCAACAUGUGAAUUCAGGAAAAUGGCUGAGGCCAGUAUUUCAGUAGAUCAGGAUCAGUUCAUCUGUCCAGUGUGUCUGGAUCUCCUGAAGGAUCCGGUGACUAUCCACUGUGGUCACAGUUUCUGUAAGGUGUGUAUUAAUGGCUGCUGGGAUCAGGAGGAUCAGAGUGGAGUUUAUAGCUGUCCUCAGUGCAGAGACACUUUCACUCCAAGGCCUGUUCUACGCAGAAACAACAUGCUGGCUGAAGUGGUGGAGAAACUGAAGAAGAAGACUGAAGUCCAAGCUGCUUCUCCUGCUCACUGUUACACUGGACCUGGAGAUGUGGAGUGUGAUUUCUGCACUGGGAGAAAACACAAAGCCAUCAAGUCCUGUCUGAUGUGUCUGGCCUCCUUUUGUGAAACUCAUCUGAAAACUCAUCUUGAAAUUCCUGCUUUGAAAUGGCACAAGUUAGUCAAAACUUCUGGAAAUCUACAAGAGAAGAUCUGCUCUGAACAUGAUAAAGAGCUGGAGAUCUACUGUCGUACUGACCAAAGCUUCAUCUGUUAUCUGUGUAUGACGGAUGAACACAAAAGCCACGACACCGUCUCAGUUAAAGCUUACAGAACUGAGAAAGAGAGUGAGUUAAAGGAGGAUCAGAUGAAAUUCCAGCAGAGAAUCCAGGAGAAGCAGAAGAAGGUGCAGGAGCUGAAACAGACUGUGAACACUAUAAAGCUCAGUGCACAGACAGCAGUAGAUGACAGUGAGAUGAUCUUUACUGAGAUGAUCAGCUCCAUGGAGAAAAAGCGCUCGGAGGUGACAGAGCUGAUCAGAGCUCAGGAGAAGGCUGAACUGAGUCGAGCUGAACGACUCCUGGAGCAACUGGAGCAGGAGAUUGCUGAUCUUCAGAGGAGAGACACUGAGAUGGAGAAGCUUUCACACACACAUGAUCACAUCCACUUCCUCCAGGAAAUAAAGGCUUUAGUCUCUGCUCGUCGCUCUCCCCCAAAUAAUAGACCGAAUUUUCAGUCUGAUCUCUGUGAGGACUCAUCCAGCAUCACUGUCAAUCAACAUCUCUCAUUUGAUGGAGUGAGGAAAUCUCUCUCUGAUCUGAAAAAGAGACUGGAGGAAAUCUUCCAGGAGGAAUUCAUCAAAAUCCCUGAACAUGCUGCAGCAGUUCAGAUGAUUUUACCCUCAGAACCAAAGAGCAGAGAAGAUUUUCUGUAUUAUUUCUGUGAUCUGACUCUGGAUCCCAACACAGUACAUUAUAACCUCAUUCUGUCUGAGAAGAACAGAGCGGUGAGAUACAGUAAGAGAGAGCAGCGAUACUCUGAUCAUCCAGAGAGAUUCGACUACUACAGUCAGGUGUUGAGUAAGGAGAGUGUGUGUGGACGCUGUUACUGGGAGGUGGAGUGGAGCAGUGAGGGAUAUGUGUACAUAUCAGUCUCAUAUAAAGACAUCAGCAGGAAAGGACGGGGGGAUGAGUGUGUGUUUGGAGGCAACAAUCAGUCCUGGAGUCUGUAUUGUUCUUCUUCUUCUCUCUCUUUCUAUCACAACAACAUUUGGACUGAUCUCAGAGUUCCAUCAUCCUCCAGAAUAGGAGUUUAUGUGGAUCACAGUGCAGGAACUCUGUCCUUCUACAGCGUCUCUGACACCAUGAAGCUCCUCCACAGAGUCCACACCACAUUCACUCAGCCUCUAUACGCUGGGUUCUUGCUGCGCUAUUGUGGAUCAUCUGUGAGAUUAUGUGAUUUUAAAUUAAAAUAAAAUAACAUUACCUUUUUAUAAUAAAUUUAAUUCAAAUAAAGAUAUAACAUGAGUAACUCAGUUUAGAUUUCCUAAUUUUCAUUAAUAAUGUUAGAUCUUCAUCCUUUUGACUUUUAGGAGAUUUUAAUGUUAUGAAUGUGACCUUCAUAAAAUAGAUAAAAGAACAUUAUUAUUUUAAAGAUAUGAAUUCUAGUAAACAGCUGCUCUAAGUGAUGGCAUGUCACUGUUUCCAUAUUUUCAUACUAUUGA